AUGGCUCCAAGUGCUUUGAAAUGGUUUUCCAGCUACUUGACAAAUAGAUCUCAAAAAGUACGUUUGGGAGAGUUUCUAUCGCAACGACUCCCACUAUCUCACGGAGUACCCCAAGGAUCUAUUUUGGGACCUUUGAUGUUCACUGUGUAUGUCAACGACCUACCAUCGUCAGUUGUUAACUGUAAGCCGGAGUGUUAUGUUGACGAUAGCAAGCUUUACGUUAGUUUUGUUUUACAUGACCUGGUUUCAGCUAUAAACCAAAUCAACAAAGAUCUUGACCAGUUAUGUUCUUGGUGCUGUGGCAACUCCCUCCUAAUCAACCCUGAGAAAACUAAAGUUCUCGCCUUUG